AUGCCAUGUCUUGUUCGGUCUCUAGAAGCCCGCCCCCUUUUCAUCGAAGCAGCCACGCAACCGACCCCAGGAGCUAUGCCAGCUAUGUCAUCCCUCUCAGGAAACGUGGUCUUGGUCAGCGGCUCUUCAGCUGGACUGAACGUUGAAGUUGUCCGGGAGCUCUUUACUCGUGGUGACUCCAAAAGAACGAUUUGCCUCAAAACCGAUGUCUCGACGCCAGACGAACCACAGGCUUUGGUGAAUGGAGCCUUCAAAGUCUUGAAAAAGGUUGAUAUCUAG